AUGGACAACUCGAAGAAAAUCCUGUAUGCUCCUGUUCAGAACAACAGCGAGGAUGAUCUCGCACUACAUGAAAUACGAAAGCCAAACAAACCGCGCUACAGAUUUCAACAUUUUCUUUUGCUAGAAGUAAUACAUCUGGUAUUGCUUCUCGGAGGAUUCGUCUUAUACUCAGCAGCAAGACGCAAUGCAAUAAAUUCAAACAUACAACCGGAAGCUCGAGGCCUUGAUACUUAUUUCAGUCUUUCAGAGUAUAGCGUGGUCAAAGAAUUUUAUGGUGACCCAAAUCUGGUUAACACCACUGCGGAAGCUGAAGCGCUUUUCGACCAUAUACAAACAACGGAUGGCAUUGUGGCUUUGGACACCAUAUGGGCUCUGAAAAACGGAUACGCACCAUCGCACGCUCAUCCCGAAGAUCCCACCAAAAGCAUUUAUCAGAUUGACAUGUUUCACUCUAUGCAUUGUAUCAAUCCGGAAUCUCCUCACUUCAAGCCUAUCUCUCGAGGAAUGGCCACGGAACGACCAUCAUACAUUGCAUUGUUUAGAUUAUGUUCGCGAGCAAUUGAUGUGCAGUCCCGACCUGUUGCUCCAAGGGACGACGAAUCUUAUUGA